AUGCCUCCAUCAGUAACGAAGGAUCGUGUUUCUAAGACUACGAAGUUCUUGGGUGAUUCUAAUCCAAAGGCGGCCCACCGAACACCGAGGAAUGACUCGUGGGAUAAGCCACACCUCUCUGACGCUUCCCAGGAAACCAACAUCCUUGCUCUGUACCACGAAACUCCUGAAAAUCUCAAAGGCAUAACGAGAUCCAAGGAUGAUGCUAGAGAUUUGCUAGCCUUAGAUCCUGAAACAUUAGCUGAUUUCAAGUCCUUGAUGGAGUUUUUGUUUUCACAACAUCAAGGUCUCCUGCGUCUCAACAAUGUUAAGACGGCAGCGUCAAAACGUCUGUUAUGUGACGUCUGCAACGAAUUUUUGGAUUUCCUAACGCCAAAGUCUACGAAAAGCCUCCUAGAUGUCCAUUUUUCCAGGGACCGCGAUAUUGAGAACAGUCACCUCCGAGGAUGGUUGCUGUUUCAAUUCGCACUCGAUAUCCGAAUCCAUACUCUAAAUCGCUUAAAGAAGGAACCCAAGUGGUUGGGGCCAAUUCCAGAUAGCGUGUACGAAGCCUUCGCGAACAACUUAGCCCCCGAUAUGGACCUAAUACGUCCAAAGGGCGUGGAGGAUCAAAUAGAGGGCAUCUUGUCGGGCAAGGACUUUGUUUCUUUCAGCACCACGAGAAUCAAUGCAAGUGAUUCAGCUUUAGAUACCGACAUGGGGGUUGACUAUCUUGAUAUCGACUUGAUUCAACCAAAAAAAGAAAUAAUGUCGAAUCAAAAAACAACCUUGGGAAAACAUCAAGGAAAGUCUCCCCAAGUACUCAUAUCUGAAGACAAUCCUUCCGAGACGUCAAGUCUCGAGGUCCCGCGGAAGCUCAGCUUCAACAAUCGAUUUGGAUUCCUAAUUUUCUUUGCUCUCGCGUUAUUCGCAAGUGUUUUCUUCGGAGCCGGGGAGAAAGGCCAAAAAUCUGAUAUGAAAAGGUAA